AAGUUAUGUUGUAAACUUAACCAUACUUUUUGGUGCAGAUUAUCGCCAUUUAUUCACGUGUUGAAUUUAUAAAUUUGUAAUAAUAAUAAUAAAAUGACUAAAUACAUAAAGGGUAACUGGAAACCAGUGGCUAUAGAUUCAAAUGUAUUUUCAGGGGAUAUGACUGAUUUGAUAGGAAUAGAGGAAUGUACAGACUAUGAUUUAAAUGAAUUUUCUUCAAAGAAGCCCCAAAAAAGAAAUUUACCCAAUGAAGAAAAUAUACCUAAGAAGAAAAGAAAAAAUGUAAAUAAAGAAAGAAAUAAACAGCACAUAGAAAUAGACCAUUUUACCCCAUCUAAGUCAGGAAAUACCUCAGGCAUAGAAGAUGAAGCUGAAAGUACCAAAAAUGAUUUAGAUGUCACAGCUUGGAAUUCUUUUGGUUUACCUGAAUCAAUAUUAAAAGCCCUAGCAGAGUUGGGGUACUCUAAUCCUACUCAAAUCCAAGAGUUAACUUUGCCCUCAGCAAUAUUAGGAAGAAGGGAUAUUCUGGGAGCAGCUGAGACAGGUAGUGGAAAAACUUUGGCGUUUGGAUUACCAAUAUUAACAGGAAUUUUGAAAGUGAAAGAAAAACAUUCUGUGAUGGAAGAUGAGAAAGAAGAUGAGUCCAAUUCUGAUGAAUCUGACUUUGAAGAUGAUAUUAAAGAAGAUACUGGAUGUGUAAAAUUGAUCAAUGAUGUCAGUAUGAAAGAAACUUCCAAGCUUAAACCACUAUUUGCUCUUGUAUUAACACCAACCAGAGAACUAGCAAUCCAAGUAAAAAACCAUUUAGUAGCUGUGGCAAAAUAUACAGGAGUAAGCGUUGCAGUAGUAGUUGGGGGAAUGGCCGCCGUUAAACAAGAACGAAUUCUAUCAAAAGGACCUGAAAUAGUUGUUGCAACUCCUGGCCGAUUGUGGGAGUUAAUUCAACAGGGAAAUCUGCAUUUGUCCCAAAUAGACAGUAUCAGAUUUUUAGCUAUAGAUGAAACUGACAGGAUGUUGGAGAAAGGUCAUUUCCAGGAACUUCACGAACUUCUGGAACGUAUCAAUCUCGAUGAGAAGAAACUCAAACAAAGACAGACGUUCGUAUUCUCCGCUACUCUGACGCUAAUUCACGCAUUACCGAACUAUCUAAAGAACAAAAGCAAGUUAAAAAAAUCUAAGAAAGUCAACGAAAUGACGCCAACGCAGAAACUGCAGAAGAUAGUCGAAAUGUUGGGCAUGAAUAAUCCAAAAGUAGUUGAUAUAUCAGAAGGAAAAGGUACUUCCGAAACACUAACCGAAUGCCGCAUCACCUGUAACAUCGACGAAAAAGAUUACUAUCUCUUUUAUUUCAUUAAACGCCAUCCCGGAAGGACCUUGGUAUUUUGUAAUUCAAUUGGCUGUGUUAAAAGGUUGGCUGCGUUGCUAAACUUGCUAGAAUGCAAUCCGUUACCGUUGCACGCAUCCAUGCAACAGAGACAACGAUUGAAAAACUUGGAGAGGUUUCGUGAUAAUGAUAAUGGUAUCCUUGUAGCAACGGAUGUCGCUGCUAGAGGUUUAGAUAUUCCUCAAAUCGACCAUGUUUUGCAUUAUCAAACGCCAAGGACGAGUGAAAGUUAUGUCCACAGGUCUGGUAGGACGGCUCGAGCUUCUAGACAAGGAAUCACCAUUCUUUUGAUGGAACCUAAUGAACUUCCGAAUUAUUUAAAAUUAUGCAAGACUUUAGGAAAAAGUGAAGAUUUACCGACGUUUCCUGUUCAAGACAACUAUUUGAACGCUGUAAAGAAGAGAAUCGAUCUGGCCAGAGAACUCGAUAAAUUUCAGUUGAACGUAAAGAAAGCCAAUUCAGAAAAUGGGUGGCUGCAGAAAGCUGCCGAAGAUAUGGACAUCAUAAUAGAUGACGUAUCACGAAAAUAUGACUCCGAAGAAGUGCACAGCCAGAAGAAAAUUCUUGAAACGAAGAAGAAACAUCUUGCCUCGCUUCUUAAUACACCAAUAUUCCCUAAAGGUUUUUACGAAAAAUAUCCUUUGUUUUCUAAAGCUCUUCCAGGUUAUAAAGAGGAUAACGAGCAUGAGAAAGCUGUGGAUUUAGUUAAGAAUAUUAUCAAUCAGAGUUCCAAGGAAAAAUCGAGAACUAAGAAUUUAUUCAAACCGAAGAAGUUUAAUAAAGAUAAACCAAAAGGUGUUGGCCUUAGUUUUAAGUUUAAUAAUAAAAAGGAUUUAAAUAAGGGCAAGAAGGGGAUGAAAAAGAGGAAAUAGUUAUGUAGUUUUGAAGUUGUAUAUUUACAAUAAAAAAUCGUUUUUAGGUU